GCUGAUCGCGAUCAAAAACGGGAUUAAGAUGAUCUUGUUAAUUUUUGGGUUUCACGAAACAUUAUCUGGAUCAUCUAAUGAGCUUAAUCCCGUUAUUUUAAUCCUAAUAAUUAAUAGGAUUAAAUCUCGGAUAAGCGAUUUAAAAAUGGCCGACUUUCACAGAAGGUUGCAGCGUCUGCGUGAGAGAGCGGCCGGAAUUACUAUUCCGCGCAUGUUUAGGGACAGAUUAAACCCGUUGGAGGUGCUAUCGCCAGAGGAGGUGUUUCGGCGCUACCGAUUUAGGCCGGAGAGUAUUAUUACGCUGGUGACACUGAUGUUUCCUUUGUUGGAGAGGGCAACUCUGCGUUCUUGUCCCCUACCCCCUCUUCUGAGUGUAUUAGUAACACUCCACUUUGUGGCCAGUAGUUCCCAUUACACCGUAAUCGGCGAUGUUCAUGGACUUUCGGCUUCAUCUGUGUGUCGCGCAGUGCGUAGGGUUAUUAUAAUUAUGGCUAGGCUUGCCAAGAGGGUCGUGUCAUUUCGGAGAGAUGUCGGUGUGUGCAAGGCGGAAUUUUAUGCACUUGCGGGAUUUCCAAAUGUCAUUGGUUUGAUAGACGGCACUCAAGUACGUGUACGAGCCCCUCAUGAGUUUGAAGCCGAUUAUGUAAACAGGAAAGGGUAUCAUUCGAUCAAUGUACAGAUGGUUUGUGAUGCAAAGCUUCGUUUUAUGAAUGUUGUUGCCAAGUGGCCAGGAAGUGUCCACGACUAGAGAAUAUUCAGAGAGUGAUGCCUUGCAUCAGAAUUAGAGCAAGGCCAACAUAAUGGGUACAUACUGGGAGACAGUGGGUAUGGCUGUAAGCCAUACCUUCUCACACCAUACCUGAAUCCAAGAACAGGACCUCAAGAAAGGUAUAAUGAAGCACUGGUUAGAACAAGGGUAACAGUGGAGAGGUCUUUUGGAGUGCUGAAAAGACGAUUCCCAUGCUUGUCGUAUGGUCUUCGUUUGGAACCAGAGAUGGCAUGCCAAGUGAUCAUAGCCUGUGUUUUUCUUCAUAACUAUGGCAUUGAACGUAGAGACAUCAUGGCAAACAUGCACGAUGCUACAGACAUUGACCAGCCUCAGGCAGAUGUUAUCCCAGCAAACGAAAAUGGACUUCGAUACAGAGACAUUGUGGCCCAACGUUAUUUUUAAAAACCUGUAUGGUUUUAUAUUGUUUGCAAUAAUGCAAACUGGUAAACAUCAAGCACCUUCAAAAUUAUUCUUAUUAGUGGUUUUAUAUUAUAAGUCGAAUUUUAUAUUUUAUGCCCCCCUUCGAAGAAGAGGAGUAUAUUGCUUUGCACAUGUUGGUCAGUCCGUCAAUUACUUGAAGUAUGGUCAUCAAACUUGACAUAAAGAUAUGGUCUGACCAGUAGAUGACCCCUAUUGAUUUAGGGGGCCAUUCGGUCAAGGUCACAGUGGCAAUAAAUUUAAGGAUUUUAAAGCUUGUACGAGUGAUUAAUCAACAAUGCCUAGACCUAUGGCCAUCACACUUGACAUGGAGGCUGGGCCUGACCAGUACAAGAUUUAUAUUGAUUUGAGGGGUCAUCAUGACAAAGGUCAUAAUGUUUGACAAACAUCUCUUGUUAAGUUAAAGCUUGUCUCUGUAGAUAUGGAAAUGUUAUCAUUCUCACGCUGGUGCCAAUAGCACUAUUUUCUCAUCUAAUUCUUGAUGUAUUACAUUGAAACUUUAAAGCUGCACUCCCACAGAAUUAACAAGCCAAUUUGGGGAAAAACAGUUAUAUAACACUGCUGACAAAGAGUUUGAUUGACGAUUUUUAUAUUUAAGUUAAAAAAUAAAUGUUUUAUGCAUUUGUCUUGAACCAUUACUUAAUUCUUGUCUCUGCCACAUAUGGAGUGAAAACUGUAUUCAUUAUUAAACAUGUGCAAAAAUAAAAUGAUGUCAUGAAUAUUUUACCUCCUGAUUAUUGAACUCAUGUAACAUGGUGCAAGUCAUAAAUGUAGUUGUAAUAGCCUUAAAAAACUAUUUUAGACUGUGUAAAAUUUGACCUAUGAACAGAAGGUACAGGUGGAUGGAUGACACAUUCUGUAGUCUUUCAAUAAGUUUUAAUAUGUUAAUUAUUUUAUAGUUUAAGAAAAAUUUAAAUAGCCAUUCUGAAAUGAAAUGGGACAAAAAAAAACAUGGUAACUCUUCAUACUUUUUUAACUUCUAUUUGAGAUGGAUUUUUAUUUAUUACUUAUUCAAGGAAUACAGAAUGCAUUGCUUAAUGGUAUAUGAGUAGAAAUAAAAACAAAACAACAUCUGUAAAAAGACUUAUUUAUAUACAUAUCAUAUAUGACAGUAUUUAGUAUCACAGAAUAAGAUAUCACAAAUUUGCAUGAAAGUUGUUAUAUGUGCAAUUCCUCCCUCUGAUAUGAACGAAAUUGUAAAGAAAGCUUUGAAGUAAUAUCAACAAACUGUAGAAACAUAUACAUAGAUCAGUUUAUCAUGGCCAACAAUUGAUAUAAUUUUUUAAACUGUUAUAAACAAUAAACAAUUUCACAAAAGCGAUUUGAACACAGCAUGAAUUUCUAGAUGAGUUAUUUUAAAGAGCUGUCAUCUGUCAGACUUUGGUAAAUGAAGUCAGGUAAUUUUUGAAGUAAAUGUUAAGUAAGAACAAGUGUAACAACUUGGUAUGGCCUAUUGCAGCAAAUAAUUGCAAACUCAACAACUAUUAUGAAGUGUGCAAAUGUACAUGUAAAACUAGUAACAACAAUAGAACAAGAUCAUAGGCAAAAUGUAUAUACUUCAUCAAAUUUACAUCAAAAUGAGUAGGCUUCAUGAUGUAUUACAUACCCAUAAAUAUUCUCUGUGAAAUUUUGAUCCAAUUAUCUUAUAGGAGUGACUCACAUACUUGAAAUUCACGAAAGGUAUCUUUACAUACUUCAGAGCGAGUAGCAAUGGAAAUUCUUUGUGCUUAUCUAGUUCUUAUUUCAAAAUAUUUGUUAGGACGACUGACUUGUUUUUAGCAAGAAGUAAAACACAAUUAUACUUAGUAGAUUACUAGAUUAUAG